AUGGACGUGGCUGCUGGAAACGGCCAUCUUCACGUCGUGAAGUGGCUUGACUACAACCGCGCCGAUGGAUACCCGGAAGAUGCGAUGGACGACGCUGCGGCAAACGGCCACCUAAACGUUGUCAAGUGGCUUUACGAAAACAGAGACGAGGGACGCUUGGAGCAUGCGAUCCACUUGGCUAUUCUGAAUGGCCACGACCCGGAAAGGAAAAAAAAACAAGCCAUGACCAGUAGCGACCUUUAUGUAUUCACCCUUUGGAAGAAGGCGAAAAAGACGCAUACUCUGCGCAGCUUCAAGAUCACGUUGGAGGAAGUGUGGGCCGACGCUUUGGCAAGCGGUCUGGACGACGUGCUGCGCGAGCCCUCUGGGCCACCUGUCGAUUUCGUUUUGGCGCCAAUCAACACCGAUAACCUUCCCAACGACUUUAAUGUCGUUCGGGUUCAAGAGGGCAAUCGAAAAACCUUAAAGCUCUACUGCACCAAAGUCGUGGAGUCGCUCGUCGAGGAGUGCUACGACAGCAAGAUGAGGGUUGACGUGACGGUGUCUAAGAAGCCUUUGUAUGACGCAUUUCGAGCAUCGGAAGCGCGCUUCAACGACAAGCAGAACGAAGGAUGGGAUCCGACCAAAAGCGCUGCUGCGGAGAAAAGUCUUGCUGCUGGUGUCGACGAUGCGGAAGAUACCGACGACGAAAUCGCGAAGUUCCCGGUGGCGAAACUUCGUCGUCGUCCUACAACGGCGCCCCCCAAGAGCAUUACGAAGGUGCCGACAAGCGAUCGCGACGUGGCAAAUCAACGGAACAGGCAGAAGCCAAGCAACGUAAGCGUAAAGCCUCCUCCGAAUCUGUUGACAAUGUCGUGUCCUUCGACUACGUGGCGUGGUACGCUGGUAGCAACAGACUGUUCUAUCGCCGCAAAAGCGACAUAG